UUUCUUCAUUUUAUGAUAUUGUGAAUGUGGUGACUAUAAAAAGAAUGGAUCACUGUGACAAAGAGAGAAGGAAAGUCAAUCCAAGGGAAAGAGCGAAUAUAUUUUCCUUAAUCACUUUUUCAUACUUAGUAGGUCUAUUCAAAAAAGCUUUCAAACGCGAUCUCAAAGAAGAAGAUUUGUACGAGGUAUUAACUAAAUGUAAUUCGAAAAGAUGUGGAAAUAAAUUGGAAGAGCAAUGGAUAGUAGAAACUGAAAAGAACGAGCAACCGUCUGUUGUCAGAAUGUUAUGGAGGAGAUAUGGUUGGAGGUAUGUUUGGAUGUGCUUCGUUCAUGCGGUGGUUCAAAUAUUCAGAACCGUGUUGGAACCUUACGCUAUCACCAACCUCAUAGCAUACUUCCAACCAGGACAAACAACUUUGACAAAAACUGAUGGCUAUCACUAUGGUGCUCUGCUGAUAUUUGCUCGUCUUUCAUUUCGUUUCUUCAUUCAUAAUUACAUUCUCUGGGUGCAACAGCUUGGGCUUGAAGUAAAAACUUCAUUCUCUUCUUUACUGUACAGAAAAGCUCUUAGAAUUACUCCUACCUUUUUAUCUAAAAUAACACUAGGAAAUAUAGUGACCCUGGUAACCAAAGAUGUUCAUACAUUUAAAGAUGCCAUAUGGAUUUUGAGUGAUGUGAGUUACGCAGUGAUCCAAGUAUGUAUCGUAUCAUAUUUGAUAUUUGCAAAAAUUGGUAGUACGUCCUUUAUUGGUAUCGGAGUAUUGUUUCUGUCUAUACCCGUUCAAGUUCUAAUAGGAAAGUGGAUAAACAAAUUGAGAUUAGAAACUGGAGAAAAAACUGACGAGCGCUUGCAAGUUACUCAAGAAACACUGUCAACCAUAAGAAUAAUCAAAAUGUACGCAUGGGAAAGUUUUUUUCAAGACAAAAUCAACGCUGCAAGAAGGAAAGAAGUGAACAAAAUGCUUCGGGGUUUCUAUUUGAGAACUGUUUUAGUCCUAAUUGGGGUCCUCACCUCCAAUCUGGGUUUCUAUAUACUAAUAAUUGCAUACAUCUGGAUGGGAUUUUCAUCGGAUACCACAAUUGUGUUUUAUCUUCUCUCCAAUUUCCAUGCCCUCAGAGAGACUCUUGGAGUGAAAAUACCGUACAACAUCGGAAAGGUGGCAGAACUGAUGUCUGCUGGAACGAGAGUAAAUAGACUGAUCAAAGCUGAUGAGUUGCAUCCACAUUAUUUCGACUAUAUACCUGCAUACAAACCACUGGUUGAGAUGAAAGAAGCGAAGGUACACAUAGGCAAUAAGGAAAUACUGAAUAUAAUAUCUUUGACAGCAGAUACAGGUUUAACAAUCGUAACAGGUUCGGUUGGAUCUGGAAAAAGUUCACUUCUGAAGACUAUAUUGCAAGACUAUCCACUGACAAGUGGUAACAUUAUCUCAUAUGGCCGUAUUUCAUACGCAUCUCAAGAUCCUUGGUUGUUUCCAUCAUCUAUUAAACAGAACAUCCUGUUUGGAGAACAGUUCAAUGAAAAACGAUAUCUAGACGUUAUACGAGUUUGUGCACUACAGUAUGAUUUUGAUCUUUUGGAAAAGGCUGAUGAAACCAUAGUAUCCGAUAGAGGAAUGAAUCUAAGCAAAGGGCAGCAGGCUAGAAUAAAUUUGGCCCGAGCAAUUUACAAAGAGAGUGAAAUUUACCUACUGGAUGAUUCUUUAACGGCACUUGAUGCUCAUGUCAAAGAUUAUAUUUUUGAAGAAUGUAUAAAAAAUUACUUGAAAGAUAAGAUAUGUAUUUUAGUUAGCCAAACAGCCAAUCAUAUUGAUGAAGCAGAUAAUGUUAUUAUUAUGGAUAGAGGGCAGAUAGUGGAUUCUGGAAAACCCAAUGAGAAAAUUAUUCAAGAGGUGAGGGAGAUGGUACUUGAAGAUGACGAUCUUGAGAAUGAUGUAAUAGAAGACGAGGAGGAUACGGAGAAAGAUGAAGAGUCGAAGUUGUUGGAAACAGAACAAACCACUGUUGGAAAAAACAUAUAUAGGGAAGUAAAAAAGGAAGGAAAGGUCAAUCUAGUCGUUUAUCACAAAUAUAUAGUAUUCGGAGGAGGACUGAUAAUGGUUUUAGUUAAUUUGGUGUUAGUAAUCACUACACAAACCACGCAAAGUUUAGCAGAUAAAUUAUUGACCAAAUGGGUUGAUGAGAAGCAGAAAGUUCUGACCUUACAAGAGGAGAUUCAGUUUCCAAGUGUCACCACGAAUAUUUUUGACUUGAAUCAUACAGUUUCAAAAGCCGAAGCAACAGAGAACAAAACUUUCAGAAUGUAUUCAGUAUUUUUGCUUUCCAACACCAUUCUUGCGCUGAUGAUGACAUAUGCAAUUUUCGACUUUUGCAGAAGGGCUUCCAUAAAAUUACAUACAGCUUUAGUCGGCAGUGUUGUCAACUCUGUCAUGUCUUUUUUUGAUUCUCACUUCAUCGGUAACGUUUUGAAUAGAUUUUCGGAAGACUUGGCACAAAUUGAUGAGCAUUUGCCAUUUAUUCUGAAAGAAUGUUUGGGGGUACUAUUUGCUACAAUUGGUCACAUAGGACUGGUUCUCACAGUGGAUACACGUUUUAUUAUUUACAUUUCAAUCGUGUGCUUUCUACUUCUGGUGAUCAGAACUAUUUAUAUCCCGACAGGAAGGAGUUUGAAGAGACUUGAGGCUUCCUCUCGCAGCCCCAUGAUCGGUCAUUUAAAUGCAACUCUAGAUGGAUUGACAACAAUAAGAGCAUACAAAGCGGAACGUAUCCUCAUUGAUGAGUUUGAUCGGCAUCAAGAUCUAUAUACUUCAGCCUAUUACACGUCAAUUUGUUCCUUAAGAGGAUUCAACUUCUUCAUGGAUUGCAUCGGUUCCACGUUGCUGAUUUCAGUUGUAAUAAACUUCUUAUUCUUUGACACUGGUGCAAGUGCAGGCAACGUCGGACUUGCUUUGACUCAAGUUACUAGCCUUGGAAAUUCCAUUCAAUGGGGUCUUCGUCAGUGGUCUGAAAUGGAAAACAAUAUGACUUCUGUGGAAAGAGUUUUAGAAUACGCAGGAAUCCCAUCGGAGAAAAAAGGUGGAGAGGUUCUUGACAACUGGCCAACCGAUGGUACUGUGGAAUAUGAGAACGUUUGUCUUGCUUAUAAUAAUGAAAAGAUACUGAAGAAUUUGACCUUCGAAGUGGAGCCGAAACAAAGGAUUGGUAUAGUUGGGAGAACUGGAGCAGGAAAAUCUUCACUGAUAUCAUCAAUCUUUAGACUAUAUGACGUUCAGGGCAAAAUACUCAUUGAUGGAGUUGACAUCAGAAGGUUAUCAUUGAAAUUUCUCAGAAAAAAACUUGCUAUUAUACCACAGGACCCAGUGCUGUUUUCUGGUACAGCACGUACAAAUCUCGAUCCAUUUAGAGAAUUCGAAGAUGAAGAACUGUGGUCCGUUCUCGAAAAAGUUGAUUUGAAAAAUUCCAUUUCCAAUCUAGAUAAUGUGAUAGGGAGCGUCUCAAACUUCAGUUGUGGACAGAAGCAACUUUUCUGUUUGGCUAGAGCCCUCUUACGAAAAAGUAAAAUUCUUAUUUUGGAUGAGGCUACAGCUAAUAUGGAUCAUGAAACAGAUGCGAGGUUGCACAAGACUAUAAGCCAGCAUUUUACAGACUGCACAGUAUUCAUAAUUGCUCAUAGGUUGCAUUCUAUUUUGGAAUGUGACAAAGUGAUGGUCCUAGACAAAGGCGUUCUAAUAGAAUUCGACGAUCCACUAUCGCUGCUAGAAAACGAAAAUGGGAUAUUCCAUAAAAUGGUGAAACAAGCCGGCUUACUCAAUUAUCUGAGUUAAUGAUGGAAAAAUAUGUGGAAAUAAUUCGAUUUUUAUCAAUAUGACUAUUUAUUUCAUUGUUAUCGUGACGCUGACCUCGACCUUAACCUUCACAUGGAUUUUUCCUGGUUCAUGAGGAAUAUAUUUGCCAGAAUAUACAAGUUGUCGACCGAAAUGGAAUUUUUCAUUUAUUCAACAAAUCUUUUUCAUGUAGUCUGUGAAGUGGCGUCAUAUAUGGAGUCUUCUAUUUUUGUUAUCAUAGGUUAGUUUUCUGUGCCAGUAGAGCUUUGAAAUUUCUACAUAUUUCCACUUGGAUUUCGACUAUGAAGACUAUGAGAAAGAGUUGCUAUUCUAUCAAAGAUUCACCCUUACGAGUCCAACAGUAGUUCCUAGAAAGCGAUGAGAAAUUAUUCAAAAAUGUGUUUUUUCAUUGAUUUUUAUCAUCUGUAUAACAGGGCAUUCUCGAACAUAUUGAUUGUUGUUUCUUCUUGAUAAUUAUAAAAAUAUAGAAUCAUAGAAAAUAAAAAAAA